UUUGGCAUUGCUGUGUAUAUAGGCUAGUAGUUUGUGCUAGUAAAUAAGCUGAAAUGCUCGACAGUAUAAACUAUUAGAGAGACGAAGGAACUCCCAGAGUAAUUCAAUAUCAUCAUCAGUAUAAAUUAUGUUUACUUCUAAUCCAUGUCUUGGAGUUUUUACAAGUUUUUACAAGCCAUUGUGAGACUAAAAAAAUUAUAAAAUUUUAGUGUUUGCAUUUUCCCCCCUCGGUGUGAUUUUGAAUUUAAACAAACCUUCGUAUGAUCGUUUGAUUGUGUUAGAGCCUUAUAUACUAUGGUUUACUCGUUCCUCCAGAGACAGCAAUGAUAAUGCAUUUUUGAUGAAAAGUAAUUGAAUAAUUCAUUUGGCUACUGCGAAAUACAAAGUUGGUCUAACAGUGAUUGAAAUAGUUCUGCGAUUUCCAUUCUAUUCAUCCGAAAAUGGCUCAAUCCAAGCCUCUGAAUGAUGUGUUCAGCUAUUUGUCAUGGGUUCAUGCAGUUUCCGGUGCUAUGGGAAGCGUGAUUGCUAUGUCUACGUUUUAUCCACUGGACACCGUUCGUUCUCGUCUACAGCUGGAAGAACCUGAAAAACGUAAAGCACUCAGCACAUGGGCUAUUCUCAAGCAGCUGGUCAGCGAGGAAGGCUUCGGAACCCUUUAUCGUGGCAUGGUUCCGGUUCUGGAAAGCCUGUGCAUUUCAAAUUUUGUAUAUUUCUACACAUUCCACAGCUUGAAGGCGAUUCGAGGCACAGCCAGAGGCGCCAACCAAUCGGCCGCGGGUGAUUUACUGCUGGGUUCGAUAGCCGGUGUGGUAAAUGUGUUCGCAACCACCCCGUGCUGGGUAGUAAAUACCCGUCUUAAAAUGAAGGGCCUUGGUCAUCGUGUUAAAGAUAACACGAACUGCUACGAUAACCUGCUGGAAGGAUUGAUCCAUAUAGGACGAACGGAAGGCGCAAAAGGAUUGUGGGCAGGAACGAUGCCUUCGCUGCUGCUGGUUAUAAAUCCAGCGAUACAAUUUAUGGUUUACGAAGCACUGAAGCGCCGGUUGGUCACCAACACCAGAAGUGCUUCUGCUGUGAGUUUUUUCGCUAUUGGAGCGAUUGCUAAGGCGAUAGCCACGGUGAUGACCUAUCCGCUGCAAUUGAUUCAGACGAAGCUACGGCAUGGCAAUACGGAUAAAAACCUUCCGGUGGACUCCAAUAUAGUGCAGAUGUUAUUGUCUAUUCUGAAGAAACAAGGAGCUUCGGGUCUCUUCCGAGGCCUGGAAGCGAAGCUACUGCAAACGGUUUUAACCGCGGCGUUGAUGUUCAUGACAUACGAGAAAAUAGCCCGAUUUGUGACAAGGAUAUUGGUUAGCGGGAAGAAGUGAUGUAUCAUUUGUAGGUUUAUAUUUUGUGGGAUCAUCUACUGUUUUAUUUAUACCGCGACACAUGCGACACAUGUUCACCUCAACUCUAGUCUUGCACAUUCCAUUUCAUCACCUGUCAUUUUGUUCCUUGUCAAAGUAGCGGUUCAAUAACUGAAUAAGAUUUAGUAUGUAUGCAAAGGUUAAGGUUUGAAUUGUUUUAAUUAUUUCGAGUUUUUGGUCAUUGGAAAUGAAAUAAAUUACAACGUAUUGCUAAUGUAACCUAUGAAUGAAAGCCAUAUGAAUUAUUUGUGCCGUAAAUGAAUCGAUGUUUUGGUAUUGAGUUAACUGAACAAACAACUGUACUCACCUUAUCUAUCAGACUAGAGCCGAGGUAACUUGUGACGUAUCAAGAAGUCGUCUCCAUUCAACCCCGUUCUGGGUAGCUUGUUGUCAGGAUCCCAGGCGUCUCGUCACUCGCUAGUCGCCUUUGUCUCUGUUUCUGGAGGCGGAAGGGUUGCUGAAACGAAAUUUUAAACCGGGUUGUCAUCCGACAUCUUUACAACGUGUCCGGCCAACCGCAAUCUACUGACCUUUGCAUAUAUGCAAGCAGCGAUUGAUGAUCAUCGGGUCCCUAGAAGCGGGAAUUAGAGUACGUUUCCAAUGGUUGAUCGAUGAAAUUUUCAAAUUGAGCUAUUUUGGCACUAGUCGUGCUGCGACUUUUCUCAUGCCCAAAAUAUCAACCAAAAUAUGACGAGCGAUCUUGCGAGAAAUAUUGAAAUUCAAGGCUAACUCUCUCAAAGUUUUUUUUUAUUAUAGUAACUAUCAACACAUUUCGGCUGGUUCGUGACUUUUACUCCCAUUUUUGGAAGAAUGUCGGGAGUGAGAAUUGAACUCGUGAUCUCUGCGUGAGAGGUAUGGAUGUUACCACUACGCCAGAUCGCCUCCACUCUCUCAAAGUUAAAUGACGAUUCCCGAGCACCAUUUCUUUUAUUUCGUCGAUGUUUUCAUCAGUUGAAGAGGUGGAUGAUCGUUCUUGACGUGGCAAAUCCUUCAUAUCUUCUCGACCGUCUUUAAAUGCUUCAUACCAUUCAUACAUCCGUGUUUCGUCAUAGUUGAGUAACCAAAUGUAUUCUGCAACAUUUUCAAACCAUGUCACGAUGUUAACCCCUCAGCGUAUGAUUUAAUUCGAUCACAUGCAAGUGAUUUCACUUCUCUUCUGAACAUCCUAGCGCCCUAACAGCAAACACGAAAGUUGACUCCCUUGGUAGCCUCGAUCGGUCGAUUGAGUUUAUCCGGGAAGCUUUCCUCGUUCUCGUGCUUGAUAUACCAUAGAUCGACUGUAUCAUACGUUGCCUUCAAGUGAUGAGCUGACACGUUGUACACACGACAUGCAAAAUCUCUAGGAUUGAAAUGAUUUGAUGCGUGGUAGCACGGGCCUCCAUGUAGCCCAACUGGUACGGGGUUACGGAACUACUAAUUAAAGAUGCGGUACGUCGGAAUAGGAUAAUGGAGAGUAUAUUGUGGGCGACGUUCAUAGGCGUAAUGCCACAAUUAUGCAAACAAAUAUGAUUUUUGACAUUUCAAGACGUGUAAAUUUCACACAUUCAGAAAUAAUUGAGGUAUACCGUUCAGUAGUGCUCAUUUUACGUCAGAAACAUGACCAUAUUCUGGCUACAAUGUUCAGCUCGAUCAACCUAUUGUUACGGUUCAAAAAAAAAAACCGCAACAAAAUAUAACCAUAAAUCUUAUGGUAAUAAUCCUCUCAUCACCUACCUACCUGUAAGGCAUUGCAUGCUGCCAAUGCAAAUUCAAAAAAGAAUUAUUGUAAAAUCUAACAAUGACCACAAUUAAUUCUUUCAACGAAUUUGGAUCUUUUUGGUCCUAAAGGACGACAAAAAGGAGUAGAAGAUGCAUAAGGGAGAGAGAGAGAGAGAGAAAG